AUGCUAGGCGGGCUUCUGUCGGCGCACUAUCUGUCCUGUCAACUUUCUGAUGUUGUAUCUCGCCAGGACUUUGUUUAUCUCCAAAAAGCGGUUGACCUGGCAGACCGACUUCUCAGCGCUGAUGAGUCCCCUUCCGGAAUUCCAUAUGCUAGCGUGGAUCUAGCCACUCGAGAAGGCAUUCCAUAUCAUGCAGAUGGUGGUGCCUCAUCGACUGCUGAAGCUACGACCCUCCAACUGGAAAUGAAGUACCUUGCUCAUAGCCUAGGAAAAGAAAUUUACUGGCGCAAGGCCGAACAUGCUAUGAAGGUGAUCGACAACCACUGUAUGCCAGAUGUUUUGUUACCUAUCUUUGUGCAUCUUGAUACAGGAGAUUUCAGCUACCAGGAGAUCCAGUACUUGGUCAAGCAAUAUCUGCAGACCUCCGGAGAUGAGCAAAUCUAUAGCGAAAUGUGGGAAGAGGCUCUGGCAGGCAUCCAAAGCAUCUUGCCACUACCACAAAGGUACUCUCAUCUCCAAUUUAUUGCGGAACUUCCAAAUGGCAUCGGUGAGAAGCUCUCUCCAAAAAUGGACCACCUCGUUUGUUUAUUACCAAGCUCAAUUGCAAUUGCCGCUACCGAAGGACGAACUGAAGCUGAAGCGCGCAAGCUGCCAACUUGGAGUGCUAAAAAAGAGGAGCAGAUGAAGCUAGCAAGAUAA